GUUUCUCGAAUAAACACCAGGUUUCAAGUCUUCGUUAUUAUUUUUGAGUUUAAUGUCUAAGGAAGGUGGCGAACGGCGACAAAUUUUUACUAGUGCGGUCUUUGAGAAUAUCCAGAAGGACCUUCAAUGUGCGCUUCAAAAUCUUUCUAAUGAGCGUCUUAAAACAGAAAAGCUUCAGAAAAAGCUGGAUGUUUCUGAAAAUAUGGUUUCCGCUCAACGAAAAGAAAUCUUGAUGUUGCAGCAUCAACUGGCUUCUGAUUGUUCAAUUCCUCAAUCAGGGAAAUUGAAGGGCGUGAAAGAUAUGAAGCCUCGAAGCUCAAUUGAUGAACCAGAUAUAGAUAGUGUGGAAGUAAAGAAGCUUCUGAAAAGGGUUGAGUACCUGGAAAAGCAGAAUGAGGACAUGACAUCUUGCAUAAGAAAGCAGAACAAACUUAUUGAUAUCCUCAAGCGGCAAAAAAUUCUCCUUGAAUCUGCAUCUCUUUUAUCCAUUCAUGAAAAGGAAUUCGAAAAGUUCUUGGAGCUGGAAAAAUAUUGA